GUGAGUGGUGUGAGUCAUCAUGACGUUGAAGGCCACAGUAGUACUACUCUUAAUAGUUGUUGCACUAGUCCUUCUAGCAACAAUUGCAGCAGAUGAUGGAAAUAAUCAAACCCUUGAAGGAUGCAGAAGCGACUGUGGUGGUGUCCGAGUUCCAUAUCCAUUUGGCAUAGGGAACUCAUCAUCCGUCCCCCAUAAAAGCUGUUUCUUGCAAAGUUCGUUUGAGCUGACAUGCCCAAAUUCAACUUUAUACUGGGGAAAUAUCAAAGUCUUAGACAUAAAAAUUUCCCAGGCUAAAGUUGACAUGUCGAUUCCUAUCUCAAGGAUUUGUCGUGACGGUCAUUAUUAUAGAGGAGUUUCCAUAGAUAUUCCUUCUUUCACCAUUUCUAGUGAAGACAACAAGUUCGUUAGUGUAGGUUGCGACACCUAUGGCUAUCUUCACAGCUCCUACAAAGACGACGAUAAUGCAACAUAUUCAACAGGGUGCAUAACAAGAUGUUAUGGCAGUUCUAUGGAAGUUGAGGAUGGACAUUGUUCUGGGAUUGGGUGUUGUCAGGUGGAUAUUCCGCCUAAAAUGAGGAUGACCUUUGUCAAGUCAUUUUCCUUUUACAAUUUCAGCCAAACUUGGAGAUUCAACAACUGCAGCUAUUCUUUUGUUGUCAAAAAAGAAAACUACACAUUUUACAGGGAACACUUGAGAAACCUGCCUUUUGAGGAAUUCCCUGUGGUGUUUGAUUGGAGUGUUGGAGAUGAAACACGUGAAGCUUCUCGGAAAAGAGGUACCAGUUACGCUUGCAAGGGAAACACCACUCGUAAUGACUCUGUCCCUACUGGAUAUGGUUACAUAUGCCAAUGCAAUAAAGGUUUUGAAGGAAAUCCUUACCACCCUCUUGGCUGCAUAGGUAACUAAUAAGUACUUAUCUUCCUCUAUUUAUGUAAUGAUUUUGGUGAUUGCUAUAAUACUUUGAGACUUGAUGAUGAGAGAGAGA